UACGAACCACUAUAUAAGAAGACUUAGCUUAGCUUGCCUUUAAAAACUUUUAGAUCCUUCCCCAUAUAAUUCUCUCUUUUUCUCUUUCUUUCUUUCUGCGUUUCUCUUUCUUCACCUGCAAACUUCAAUCUCUCUCUCUUUCUUCCCCAAAUCUUCGAAGAAUCAAUGGCGAACAGUAAUCUUCCUCGAAGAAUUAUCAAGGAAACCCAGCGGCUUCUCAGUGAACCAGCUCCCGGAAUAAGUGCUUCUCCUUCCGAAGACAAUAUGCGAUACUUCAAUGUUAUGAUUCUUGGUCCAGCUCAAUCUCCUUAUGAAGGUGGAGUGUUCAAAUUAGAAUUGUUUCUUCCUGAAGAAUAUCCAAUGGCAGCUCCUAAGGUUCGCUUCCUGACCAAAAUAUAUCAUCCUAAUAUUGAUAAGCUUGGAAGGAUAUGCCUCGAUAUUCUUAAAGACAAAUGGAGUCCAGCCCUCCAAAUCCGAACAGUAUUGCUGAGCAUCCAAGCUCUUUUGAGUGCUCCAAACCCUGAUGAUCCACUUUCCGAGAACAUUGCAAAGCAUUGGAAGACAAAUGAAGCUGAAGCUGUUGAAACAGCCAAGGAAUGGACCCGUCUGUAUGCAAGUGGAGCCUGAUGAGCUUGUUGGUCAACAUAUCAAUCUCUAAAAUGUCUGUUAAACUUGAUGGUUGGUUUGUCAUUUGGUAUUAAAAAUAUGAAUGGAAAAAUGAUCUGUGACUUGAUCUAUGAAAGAUGAAUCUUCUUGAGAACAUCAAUUAACUGAGAGUCAUCAUCAGGAAUGAACAAAUGAUUUCUGAGUUGAUCAAUGAAAGAUGAUUCUUCUGAAGAACUUCAUUUAUUUGAUAGUCAUCUUUAAUAACUUGAAAGGCUUUUUCAUCUUUUGAAGAGCCUGCUUUUAAGAUCUGCAUGAUUAUAUUGAAGUUUGAUAUCGAUUUUUUGUGCA